CGGAGAGAAAGUCUUACGAGAGAGACAGUGCAAAAAUUUCGAGAAUCUAGUCAGCUGUUUGGGGCUCCUAGCUCCAUGUAACUGCCGUUGGAGUGUGGAGCGAGGAUCUCCUCGGGUUUCAGUAUUUGGGGGACGACUAGCAGCAGCAGCACGCUGUCGAAUUUCGUGUCCUAGGUUCAGUUGGUGUCGUACUGGAUGGCCGAGAGGGUCAACGUUCUGCAGCGCUGUUCCGUUCGUGGUGUCGUGGAUCUACUGUGAUGUAUCGCUUUCGCUUGACGUUUGUUUUGCGGUGGUUGUUGGCUCGAGGUAUACCUACGAGUGUCAUUACCUUCGGGCACUUGAGCCGGUAUCUCAAGUGUACGCGCGUUUCGCGAGUGUAACGGGGGAGGUGUCCUGCCUCGAAGUAGGCGCUGGUGCUGGGAUUCGGAGCUCGUACCCUUUUUGAGUGAUAAUUUUGGACAACGCACGUGACCUGUGGGGCCUACUUUGAUGGUUGCUAAUGCUAAUGAUGAUUACUCUCCCGUGACAAUCAUCACCAUAGAUCGUCACCACAGAAAAAUGUGUCUCGAUUCCCUUUGGCGCCGUUUGUUGCUGUGACCCCCGCAUGUGAGAACGUACUUGGCUACCGUUAGAAGUGGCGCCUCCGGGAGGACACGCUUGCAAGGAGCAAAAUUUCUCGGUGAAACAAAAGUGGUGGUUAAUUUUAAGUGCUUCUCCGCGGAAGAAAACAGCAUGGCGCACCUUGAGUGAAAACGAGUGUUUUUGUUGACAAUGGUAACAACUGCUGUAUAGAUUCCUGUGCGUUAACCAGAUCAUCCAUCUGCAAUACUAGAAAAGUGUAAUACAGUGAAAUAGAAGUUCUGCAUUUUGGCAACGGUGUCCAACUCGCCGUCUUAUCGUUAAUCGAAAGCUGUUUGGUGAUAAGUGCGAAUAAGAUAGUUAACAAGGUCUUUUCUAGAGGGUCAUUACCGUACGUUCAAGUGAAUUUAUGUUAAGUGCUGGUGUCUUCAAAGUUGUGUUCGGUUAACAAGCAAUACGGUUUGAAGAUAUGUAUGAAAUUCGCUGUAUCAAGAAGGGCGAUCAUGUGCUGUGAAAAAGUUUAUCCUAUCGAUGCGGUGGUUCCCGAGCGAAGGCAAACGUGAAACGUCCAGCGACGUCCUGUGAAACAAGGUGUGGCUGCGGAUUCGAUCCCCCCGGCCACAUAGGGCCGCGGGUGGAUUAGUAGGGGAAACGGUAAUCGGCGUAACGACGGCGCCUUCCAGUAGCAAUAGUAGUGGUAGUGGUUGCAAUAGUUGCGCUAGUGUUAGAGGAGAUAGCAGCGGAAGUGGUGGUAGUGGUGACGACAAAGAAGAAGCAGAAGAAGCGGUAGCCGAUACCGCGCAAAUAGUGGAAUGUGGUAGAGGCUCGGCGGCAACAACCUACGGACCUACUAUUAUGGAAGAGUCAACCAUCUUCGAGGUGGUGGACCGGGAUAGUUUGCAGGCGAGGAUGGCACUUCCGCCGCGGUAUCGCUUCCGCGAUCUGCUGCUCGGCGAUUUCGCGUUCAAUGACGAUGGCGAAAGAACGACAAUUAUGAUAACGAAUCGUGACCACCGGCCCAGAUUUUUUCGGGCCAUCCACUUCCCAUAUAAUGAACGAAUUAUUUGCCACCAAAAAAUUGACGCUUCAGUGCAGACAGCGGAUCCGGUUGGUUCAACCUUGAAGCAGUGCAAGAAGCUGACAAAUACAACCAAAGAUCAGUACAUCAAGCUGAGGGAUUCCGGCGCCAAUGGUUUACCGUAUUCCGCCAAGUUUGUGUGCGGAGAUGCCAUUUGGAAGCUGCACGGAGAGGGAUGUUUGGUCACCAUCGGAUCUGACUACGUUGCUCAGGUAUUCAUCGAGAACAUCCCUGAGCUGAACGAUGCAACUGAUUUUGAAACCUCGAAGGAAUUGCUGUUGGCGCAUCUGACAACCGUUAAUGUGCUGUUCGAUCAGCUGAUCAUCGAAACAACUGACAUUGUUGGAGUAAUUAAGUCUCUGCUACACGACCUGGCCACCAACUGUGCAACGAAUCCAAGUAGUGCGCAAUGUUUACUGGAAAUUUGGAGGAUCGCUUAUAAGUAUAAUUUCAAAAUAACAGUUGGAUUUUCGGAUGAACUUAGCAUGAGUAAAGUCAUACAACAUAAUCAACUCAAGACAGCUAUAAAAGAAUACGUCAAAAAGCACGAGAAACUUGAAGAACGAAAUCUGUUCCAAAAAGGCAAAUAUUGGAUUCAAGGCUUCGUAAAAAAGACCAACUUCUUGGAGGAAUUCUUAAGAACAGCGAUUAAGAACCAUACAACAACUAUACUAGAAAUGUGCCCGUUACAACUUAAGCAAAGUGUAUGGAAAUUUGAACCGCGUCGUUACUUACUGCUGAGCAUAAAUGAUGUCAAGCUGUUCAGUGAUUUGGAAUGUGCCCUAAAUGAAAGCGUUUUCACAGAGGCGCUGCCAAAAAUUGAAGCGAAAUUCAUCAAACGAGUCACGGAAAUCAAACUCACCGAAUCCUAUCAAUUUCUUUCACUCGUGAACACUGUUUACUUCCAUGUCUGCAAAAGUAUGUUGGAAAUGGCCAACCUAGUGCAAACAGAACUCAGUAUACAAAAACCAUUAAUGUACAAAAACGAAUGGAUGGUGACGAACAUAGAAAAUAGUGAAGGUGCAACGCUGUUAACCAAAAGUUAUGUAACUCAGCUUCGAAUGCUUGUUGAAAUUGCAAACCAUCUUGAACCAGGAAAACUCACCGUUGGAGAAAUUUUCCCCUAUGAGUUGCAGGUCGAACUCUUCAAGUCUUCGAAGUCCACUCAUAGCGGUCUACGUAUAUGGCUCUGUCUAGUGGAUGCAACAAUGAUGAAUAUAUGCCAAGGAAAAAACGAGCGAAUUGAAGCGUUCUCGGCCGUGCUGGGGACUUUCGUUAGUUUUGUGUCGUCUGAAAAAGCAAGAAACGAAUCACAGGAAUCUGUACGCGUAGUUGCCCACAACACGUUGCAGUUUGUAGCGCAGGUCGAACAAUCCAGGCUUGGAAACAACACAGUCGACACGGAGAUUCUUCAAAAACAGAUAUUUCUCAUGGGACCACAAUUGCUCAGCGACUCUUCAACAUUCUCUCGGUAUCGGGAUAGCUUAGAUGUGUUCAAGGACUACUGGGAACGUUUCAAUGAAGUUCUUCCCAAACUGGCAAACAAAUUGGAAGGUGAGCAUCUGAAGCCCCAGGUCGACGAGAUCAAAACCAGUCUGUCAUGCAUCGUCUUACAAGUAUUGAACAAAAAUGUGCAGUCCGAAGAUUUGAUCGAAUUCUUCCGAGCAUUCAACGAUCUCUUCACGGACUUGGAAGAUUUGUCUUUUGAAUGGUACGUACGCAUUUCAAACCAGGAUAUCAAGAAUCAGCUUCUGCGAAGAACGAUAGUCCAGACAAUCGAGAAUAGCCUCAGCAAUACUGACAAUGAGUGCUACCAGGUCCAAAAAGGUCGGAAUGACGAGUUCGCAGGAGCAUUUGAAGCAGCGGAAAUUCCAAAACACUAUCAAGCUGAAGUGGUGAAAACAUUGCUGAAUUAUAUCAACGAAGCAGGACGAAAACAAACAUGGAUUAAUGGACAACAAUUGACUAAUAAAUGUCAGUUAACUGCCUCAGUCCUUUUGAUCAAUGCUAUCAGAAGUCCUCUUCUAUACCUCAAGGAACAACCCGACUACAUCGACGUUGAAACGUUUCUGGAAGAGACUAUACAACCUUUUAGUUGUGUAAUCAAUGGGAGCAAUUCUCUUGAAGAUUUCACCAAACGUAUGGAGUUAAUCAAAGAAUCGUUUUAGUAUAUCCGCAAUCAGAGCUCGAUUGGAAUUGACAAGGCCUUGCAGCUAUUCAUGCCACAAAAUGAAAAUGUCAAUGAAGAGCUUUUGAAAUCAUCUUUCCAGCGAUAUCAUGACCAGUUCUUAAAAUACAUGGUGGAGAAUAGCAAGUGCAACUACACCCAAAAAAUUCAAAACAUUGUUCAGGAUGUUCGUACCAAAGUUAAACCAAUUCUCAGCACUAAGUGGACUUCUUUUUUUAAGCAAACUGCUAUUCCGGAAAUUCUCGCCGGUUUGGGAGCCGUGUGGUCAAUCAUGAUUUCGAAAGAUGUGGCCAGUUCUGGAAAGCACCUGAAGCCACACUCGAUACAAAUUCUCAGCAUUUUGAGACUGCUAAGUGUUGAUAGGGGUGAUAUCGGCGUCGAGAAACAUCUGGCGCAGAUAUUGACCGGCCAGGGCAAAUCGCUGGUGCUGGGACUGUCCGCUGCUUUACUAGCCUUGUUCAAUCACGAUAUUGUGGUGGUUUGCUACAGUGAAUAUUUAGCGACUCGCGAUUUCAACGAUUUUAAAGGUUUGUUCAAAAUCUUCGCCGUUAGUUCUAAAAUAUUUUACAAAACAUUUGAAAAUAUGGUGUGGAAUGAAAUUAAUAAUUUGCAUGAAAAAGCCACCAAAUAUGUGAGCAAAUGUAUUGGGAUUCCCUACGUCAAACAUGAAUACACGAGUUUUGCUUCAAACUUGGAACAUACUGUACUGCUGAUCGAUGAGGUUGAUGUUUUCUUCUUGGACAAAUUAUAUGGGAAUACUUUGAAUACUGGAUUUUUCCCGCUUGUGCCAGGCUUAGGAAAAGUUCAGCAACAAAUUUGGAGAUUAGUGCAGCAACCUUACAGCGACGUAAAACACGAAAUUGAAACAUUCAUGCGACAUUCCAAUGACCCUGAGAUUAACGAGCUCAAUUCGCUUUUGCGACGACCAAGACAGUAUACUUUGUUUGAUAGUGAUACCGAUGUUACCGAAGUUCAAUAUUCGAAUAAUUCGUUAUUUUUAAAACACCUAGAGCAAAUGAUCUAUACUGCAAUAUAUCGGCACCAACAUUUCAAAAGGGCGUAACUGCAUUUUGAAGCAAACCACUCUUUCACAUCUGUGGGUCAUAUUUUAAGUUUCCCACGAAAUUCACAAACAUUACUAGACAGAGAAAUUGCUCUUCUUUCCUAUACUGGUGGUGAUUUGCA